AUGGGAAUAAACCACCGAGGAGACCACAAGCGUAGGAAGACUGGGGCAAAGGCUGUCAUUAGCCGUAAGAAGCGUAACAACAGGGCGGGGUCGCAGCCAAGUGCAACGAAGAUAGGAGAGAGGAAGGUCACGCACGUUAGAGUGAGAGGCGGAAACAGGAAGCACAGGGCGCUGAGGUUGGAUGUUGGGUACUUCAGAUUUAUGAGCACAGGGAACACCAGGCCGGCAAAGCUCCUACAGGUUGUGUACCACCCCAGCUCGAAUGACCUUGUUCGUACCAAUACAUUGACAAAGAGCUCCGUUGUCAAGAUUUCUGCAGAGGAGUUUAAGGAGGACAUUAAGGCUACAGAAAACAACAUUGAUCCCGAGCUCCAUGAGAGCUUUGAGAAAGGGUAUUUAUAUGCAAUUAUUACCUCAAGGCCAGGGCAGGUUGGAGCAGCGAUGGGACAUGUCUUGCAGGGAGAUGAGCUGAAAUUCUAUUCUGACAAGUUCAACAAGAAGUCCAAGGAAGUUAAGAAAUAA